AUAUAAAUGAGUGCGCCAGUGGACCAUGUCAAAACGCAGGAACUUGUCUUGAUGGGGUCAAUGGAUACCUCUGCCAGUGUUCUGCUGGCUGGACUGGACAGAAUUGUGAAGUAGAUAUUGAUGAGUGUGCAAGUGUUCCAUGUCAAAAUGGUGCCACUUGCCUGGAUGCUGUCAAUUCAUACUUCUGUGUCUGUGCUCCUGGCUGGACUGGUGCUUUUUGCACCAUAAAUAUAGAUGAGUGUGCAUCUCUGCCGUGUCAGAAUGGCGGCACCUGUACCGAUGUUGUUAAUGGGUAUAUCUGUACAUGUCUACUAGGUUUCUCAGGAAGUGUCUGUGACAUGAAUGAUAAUAACUGUUCACCAAAUCCAUGUCAGAAGAAUGGGGUGUGUAUAGAUGGCCUCAACACCUUUACUUGCCAGUGUAUUCUUGGUUGGACCGGAACCUUGUGUCAAACAAAUAUUGAUGAGUGUGCUAGCUCACCCUGUCUGAAUGGUGGUGUCUGCGAUGAUCUGGUGAACGGUUACCGGUGUACCUGUGUAAGCGGAUACACGGGUGUUGUCUGCGCUGCCAAUACUGAUGAAUGUGGUAGUUCUCCUUGCCAGAAUGGUGGUUUGUGUGUCGAUGGUGUUAACAUGUACACCUGUACUUGUCCACCUGGAUUCCAAGGAACUCACUGUGAAAUCAAUAUCAAUGAAUGUGCCAGCAGUCCUUGCCAGAAUGGGGGAACCUGUCUGGAUGGCAACAACCAGUAUAUAUGCCUGUGCGUGCCUGGAUGGAGUGGCAACUUCUGUGAAACAAACCUAAAUGGGUGCUUAAGCGAACCUUGUCUAAAUGGUGGGACGUGUACCGAUGGUGUGAAUGGACACGUUUGUGAAUGUGUUAAUGUUUGGACAGACCCUGAUUGUGCAGAUAAAAUGUGUUACAGAGAAGUUUAUGACAACCUCACAUUUCCUGAUGCCAAAGUUGGAGAGACGGUAGAUUCCGAAGACUUGUGUGGUGAGAGUAAAACAAAUUAUCUUAUGUCUCGUGCUACCCGAACAUGUAAAGGCAAAAGUGCAGCUGUGUGGGAAGAUCCUGAAAUAAACGACUGUGGACCUGACGCUACAACUGAACAACUGUUAGAACGUCUAAAUUCGAUGAAUGUUACAAUGGAAAAUGUUGAGGAAGUUAGCAAUAAACUGGAAGAAAUUAUAAGUAAUGCAAAAGAUAUCUCUGUGAAAGCUUUGGAUUCUACUGCUGAAAUAUUGAUGGAUAUUCUCCAAACAGAUGCUAAUUCUACUGAGGUGACACAAUCUAUUGUUAUGGUGGUAAAUAACUUGUUAGGUGUUGACGAGGAUAUUCUAAUGGAAAGUCAAAUGAGGAAUCAGGCUCCUACUAAAAUUACUGAAGUUCUUGAAGGUCAAUUGGGCAUAGUAGAGCUAAAUGAAAAAGGCAUUUAUGAAGAAACGACACCUAAUAUAGCAGUACAGGCUCAGAUGUUUGAUGCAACUCAAAUUAGUGAAGAAAACAUGAUUAACUUAACUUUUAUAUCAGAAUCAAAUAAGAAUGGUGUAGGUGCAGUUAAAGUACUUGCCAAUGGUGUAAAAAUACCUGAUGCUGCCAAUGUGUCAAUUGCUCUGCCAAGCAGUAUAUCUGACGUCAUCAGUGCUAAUAAUAUAACAGAUUUCCGGAUUAUAGUUAUUGUUUACAAUGACAGUAGACUGUUUCAAUCUGCUCAGUUCAUUAAUGAUAUAUCAGGUCGCAGACCAAAUAGUCAAGUUAUUUCUCUGUCAGUUCCUGGGUUAGAUCGUGUUGAACUGGACGAGCCCAUUGUUACCACAUUCAUUCCCAUUGAAAUCUCUGAAGCAAACAGAAAUACAACCUGUGUCUUUUGGGACUUCAUACUGGAUGGGGUUGGAGGAUGGUCAACUGAAGGCUGCACAUUUGUAAAUGGAUCGGAGGAUGGAAGUGAUAGGCAGUAUUGCGAGUGCACUCAUCUAACUAACUUUGCUAUACUUAUGGAUUUCCAUCAAAUGUCAUCUCUUCCCCCUGCAGCAGACAUUGUGACUACUGUUGGCUUAAGCAUAUCAAUUGCAUUUCUUUUUCUGACAUUACUUAUUUUCGUGAGUAAAAG